GUGUUAUGUCUGCGUCUCUAUACCCGUCUUCACAUCGUCCGAAAGGGCCUGGGGGCGGAUGAUCUUAUGAUUUGUGUGGCGAUGGCAUUGUCUCUGGUUUUCAUUGGUGUCAGCUUCAAGGUUGGCCAAUAUGGACUUGGUAUACACCUAUGGAACGUGCCUGCGAGCGAGUGGUCCCCUCACUUCUUGUUAUGGGAGAUCAUCUCCUCUGCGGUCUGGGCCGUCGCCGUGACCUCGAGCAAGAUCUCCAUCCUCCUCCUGUACCUGCGACUGUCCGUCGAGCAAAACAUGCGCCACAUCAUCUACGGGCUGUUCUUCAUGGUCGUGGCCUACUCGCUGACCUCGGUCUUCACCCUCAUGGUCGGCUGCAUCCCGCCAGCUGCCAGCUGGGACGUCUCCAUCACGGACGCGACCUGUAUCGACCGCGACGCCGCCAUCUACGCGACCAGCAUCAUGAACAUCUGUACCGACUUUGUCAUCUUGAUUCUUCCCAUCAAGAUGUUCCUCGGCCUGCAAAUGGCAAAACGGCAGAAGAUUGCACUCAUUGGACUGUUCAUAACGGGUGGUUUUGUGUGCGUGACAGCAGUCGUCCGCACGGUACUUCUCGCUCCGCUCUUCGACAGCGCAGACUACACCUGGAAUGUGGUUGACCAAUAUGUUUGGUGCUUCAUCGAGAUCAACACCGGCAUAGUCUGCGCCUGCAUCUCAACCCUGAAGCCCUUCUUCAGCCGCCACAUGUCCUUCCUCCUCGGAGGCUCACAG